UCCUGUCGGGCAGGACAGGUGCAUAGGGAACUCCUCAGAGGUCUAUACCUCGAGGGCUCCCAUGGAUAGCCUUGACAGAUCCUGCCAGGACUGGUGCGACAGCAAGCAACACUGGUUGGAGAUCGGACCCCCGGACUUGGUGGAGCGCAAGGGCUCCCUGACCCUCCGCUCCCAUCACAAGAAAUACUCGAAGCCGGUGUUGGUGUAUUCCUGACUUGGAUAUCAGAAACACAUGAAAAGUCGUCACAAAUGUGUUUAAACACAGAAUGGGCUGAAAUGAAGAGCAAGGCUUUAUUGAAUGAGGAAACAGUGAGCUCUGGGAUUAUUGAAAGGGUCACCGGAUUGCCUGCCACAGGUUUUGGAGCUGUCUUUCCUAGACAUCCACCAGAUCAGAGCAAAAUGUGUGCGUUGACAACGUACUCAGAAGAUUAUGUUCCACCUUAUGAUUAUCAGCCACAUGUUCUUCCCUAUCUUCCUUCUCUUCAUUUCAACUCUUCUCUAAGUCUUCAUAGCAAAGGAUAUUUUCUCUACCCAUUUGGAGAACUCUAUAAUCUCCCAGGUUUGGUCAUUGACAUUCUAAAGUCCUCAAAACUGCUUAUCCCUGUCAAGAUGAUUAUUCCAUAGUCCACAGAAAAUGCCGUUCUCAGUUCACAGAUCUAAAUGGUUCUAAAAGAUUUGGCAUCAACACUUGGCAUGAUGAGAGUGGGAUUUAUGCUAAUUCAGAUGUAAAACGGAAACUCUAUCCCUUGACUAGUGGGCCUACUGUGCCCAUUUAAAAAUAACGUAUAGAAUCAGCAUCUCUGACUAAUGAAAAAUGGAUGUAGCAGUUGAUGAUUUUCUAUCUUAAUAAAUGCAAUGGAAGUGUUA